GAGGAAGCUAAAAACCAGAUAUUAAAAGAUAUGACUUGUUUGGGUGCUCAAAUGAGAUCAGAACCUUGGACUGUUAAUGCAAUUGGGCGAAUAGCAGUUACAAUGCCACAUGUAAUUACGGAAAGGGAGGUAUCAUUUGUGAAAGAUGAAUGGAAAUUAUACCAAGCAGCUAAUAUAUCAAAAGACUGGUAUAUAGAUUCAGAUACAAAAAAACUAAAAAGAGUAGACCAUUAUUGGGCUAAAGUUUUUGAAUGUAAUAAUGAAUAUGGAAAAACAAAUUAUGGGUAUCUCAGUAAAGUUGUUAAGAGCUGUUUAACAAUUCAGAAUGGAAAUGCCAGUGCUGAGCGAAGUUUAUCUGAUAACAAUAAUACAUUGACUCCUGAGAGAUUAAAUCUAAAUGAUGAAACAUUAAUGGCUUUGAGAAUAUCAAAAGAAUAUGCAAGAAGUUGCAGAGGAGCAUAUAAUGUUGAUGCACUCUCCAAAGUCAUUGUUCAAGCUGUUCAAAAUGCUCAUAAAAUAUAUAAAAAAAGAAAAGCUGAAGAAGACGAAGAAAAAAGAAAAAAUUAUAUUCAUGAGCAAGAACUAAUGAAUAAAGAAAAAGAACAGAAAGAAAUGCUUGAAAAGGUUGAAAAUCAAAAUAAAAAUUGAGAUCAACAGGAAA